CGACCCAGAUUUCCACAUUGAGCAAAUGGCUCUGUUCAAGACUGAACAAAGAACAAGUCCACUUCUAGUCUUCUCAGUUCCAUCAUUUUUACUACUUUUGUUACUGUUUACACUAAUCACCUCUUCAUUCUCUGAGAUCUUCUUUGAAGAACAAUUCGAUGAUGAUUGGCAGAGCAGAUGGGUGAAGUCUGACUGGAAACGGAGUGAAGGGAAAGCAGGCUCCUUUAAGCAUACAGCUGGGAAAUGGGCUGGUGAUCCUGAUGAUAAAGGUAUUCAGACGUCAACCGAUGCCAAACAUUUCUCCAUCUCUGCUAAGAUACCAGAAUUUAGCAACAAGAACAGAACAUUGGUUGUACAGUACUCUAUAAAGUUUGAGCAAGACAUUGAGUGUGGUGGUGGUUACAUAAAGCUUCACUCUGGAUAUGUCAACCAGAAGAAAUUAGGGGGAGACACCCCUUACAGUAUGAUGUUUGGACCGGAUAUCUGUGGUACACAGACGAAGAAACUUCAUGUUAUACUUUCCUACCAAGGCCAGAAUUAUCCGAUCAAAAAGGAUCUUCAAUGUGAAACAGACAAAUUAACCCAUUUCUACACAUUCAUUCUUAGACCUGAUGCAUCAUACAGCAUCUGGAUUGAUGGCCGAGAAAGGGAUUCCGGAAGCAUGUAUACAGACUGGGAUAUCCUUCCUCCUCGGAAAAUUAAGGGUGUAAAUGCAAAAAAGCCUGCAGAUUGGGAUGAUAGAGAAUAUAUAGAUGAUCCAAAUGAGGUCAAACCGGAGGGAUACGACUCUAUUCCAAGAGAGAUUCCUGAUCCAAAAGCUAAAAAGCCUGAUCACUGGGAUGAUGAAGAGGAUGGUAUCUGGAGACCACCAAAAAUUCCUAAUCCAGCAUAUAAGGGUCCAUGGAAACGAAAGAAAGUAAAGAACCCUAAUUAUAAAGGUAAAUGGAGGACCCCAUGGAUUGAUAAUCCAGAAUUUGAAGAUGAUCCUGAUCUUUAUGUGCUGAGGCCUAUCAAGUAUGUUGGAAUCGAAGUUUGGCAGGUGAAGGCAGGUUCCGUAUUUGACAACAUACUGAUAUGCGAUGAGCCUGAUUAUGCAAAGAGAGUGAUCGAAGAAGUCUUUGCUAAUAGGGAGGCUGAAAAGGAGGCUUUUGAAGAAGCAGAGAAAGUUAGAAAAGCAAAAGAGGAAGAGGAAGCCCGAAGAGCAAGAGAGGAAGGUGAAAGAAGGAGAAAAGAAAGGGGUAGGGACAGGGACAGGCAUAGAGAUAGACACAAGAGGCGCUAUCGCCGUGAUUACGAUGAUGACUAUCAUGAUGAACUUUGACUUGGCGAUGAAGGCCAUACUACAUCUUCCAUUCUUGAGACAGAAAGCUAGCACCAUUGAUUUGGGCUUAUGUGUUCUUCCUGUUGUAUUUUAAUCUUAAUAAUAACUGUAUUUUUGCAUAUUCUAAUGUGUUAGCUUAAGACAAGACAGAUUGUACUAUUUCCAUCUUAUUUAGUUUGAUUUUGGAAAGCUGCUUUGCAAAGCAAAACAUGGCUCACUACUUGAAAAUCCA